AUUGUGUAGAAUUCAAUAAAAGUAAACAAAUCGAAGAGUGUGAAAUUGUCAUUUUAGUGCUAAAUAAAUUUUUAAUUAAAAAAAUAAGUAAAUAAUGCCACUUACUGCAGAAAGCGCAACGCAACAAAUUGAGGAACGCUUAAAAGAAUUGCGCCGAUUAAUUCAUCAAAUUGAAGAUGAUCGUCGUCGGUCAGAAAAUGAUAUUAACAAUAUAAUUCGUGGUCAACAAGCUAAUUUAGCACCACCGAAAUUAAAAGCAUUGUAUAAAUCAGGUUUGCAAGAUGCCAUACAAGAGGAAGCUAGCACAAGAACAGCACUUGAGAAAAUACAAGAAAUACGUAACAUUCGCAAUGAACGUCGUAUACAGGCACGGGAUGCCGGCAACAAGGAGGCCAUACGACGUGGAGCACAUAUGAAGAUGGUACAAAUAUCUGCACAAACAUUGCCACUCUUCGUAAGUAAACCUGGUGAAAAAGUUCCUCCGCUCUGCGGAGCAAUACCAGCGGAUAGUAGUUAUAUAGCAAAAGUCGGAGAUAAUGUGGCAGCAUUAGUUAAAAGCGUGGACGAGGAAGAAAAUUGGAUAUUGGCUGAAGUAGUGCAAUUUUUAACAAGACAAAAUAAAUAUGAUGUUAUUGAUAUCGAUGAAGAACAAAAAGAUAGACAUGUUCUGAGUAAGCGUAAUAUUAUACCCUUACCAUUAAUGCGAGCUAAUCCAGAAACUGAUGGUCAUGCACUAUUUUCCAAAGGAACAAUGGUUUUGGCACUAUAUCCCCGGACUACGUGUUUCUACAAUGCAAUUGUACAUAAAUUGCCAGAGACUGCAAAGGAUGACUAUGAAGUACUAUUUGAGGAUUCUUCAUAUUCAGAUGGCUAUGCAGAACCGCUACCGGUGGCUCAACGUUAUGUCAUUACAUAUAGACCAACAAAGAAAGGAAGCAACGGCGGAAGUGGAAGUGUUUCAUCAGCAUAAGCAAUAAAUAAUAUAACAAUUAAUUUCUUAAAUAUAAAAUUAUUUACUUAAUAAAUAUUGUACAGUUUUAUA